AUGUCAAUGCUGCUUCCGAAAAAGAUAAUGAGCGCGCGUAGCUCUGCUGAACCGGACCCGAAGGCGUUGCCAUUGGCGCUGAUCAAAAAGAAGAGCCCGCUGCUGCCGUCACUGAGCGCGCGAUCCCCGUUCGCGAGCUGCGCGUCUAUGACCAAAAGCUUUUUAUCCAGGGCGUUCCCGUCACCGAACAAGAAGCUUUGGAAAUCCCAGAGCAGUCCGACGGGUGUAGACGACCAUACCGAUUCGAGUAUGGCUUCUGAUGAGCAGGACGACGAAGCCGCAAGAGGGGAAAUCUGCGAGAUUAUUGUGAAAUCGUCGAUCUGGGGCUCCGCUAAGUGGUCACAGGGCCAGUUGCAAUUGCCGCACCGCUUGGCUUGCACCGUCCGAAGUGGCGCGGCGACCAAGGCCUCCUCUCAGCCCGAGCGCUGCGACAACGAGUUUACCUUUGACGAGAAGUUCGUCUUUGAGCGUCGGGAGAACGACGCGCAAUACCAUGAUGUGACUAUCGAGGUAUCAGCCGUCGCACCGGGUUUCGGUAGGAAGCACCGGCUUGGUCAAGUUGCAGUGGAUCUGGACGCCGCGUUCGCGCAGGCCUCAGGUCCGAUCUACGAACGCUGUAACCUGACGAUGGCGGACGGCUCGGACUCGGGCGUUGAGAUCCACUACGUGCUUCACCGUCUGGAAGUGCAAAAUGCGACGGCCGCUGCCGCGUCGCGUGUGCUCACUCGGUCAAGCACGAGUCUGAACGACGACGACGACAUGGACGCCUGCGGGCAGAUCUUCCCUGAUUUGUGGUAUCUUUGCUAA